AGUGAAAAAUCGCGGGUUGAGGAAGAGGGAGCGACCCAGGGUUCUCGUUAAACGGCGGCGAAAAGCCCGUAUCACGGUUAUGCAAUCUCCCCAACCGGGAAAGAUGCGAUGAAAAUGUCAUCCGCGUCCAUUGGUUCGAGUACCAGUCCGGGUAGACAAAUCGCCGAUCAUCUGUUGUGCCCCGUCUUAUCAACUGUCAUCUAUAUUUGUUAUUUCUUUCGAGAAAAGAUGAUUGGAGGGAGAAAGAGAGCGACGCGAGCCGGACAUAGGUUGUCUGUUGCGUGCAAAAUACCUCGUUGUGUUCCUGUUACUUUGUUGGAAUCAAUUAAGUUUCUACUUCUAUUUCUUAGAUUGUUUCGUGUCAACAAAGCGCCAAUAAUUAUACUCGUCGUGACAUGUAUCAAUGUUUAGGACGCGAUAAUCUUGUCAACAAACUAAUUAAACUAAUGAGUAUGCACUCACCAUGAUGUCUAAAGUCUCGGCUGCAUUGGGGUCCUUUGCACCUUUUCAAAUUGCUCAUUCUGUAUUCACAUGAAAGUUUGUUGCGAUAAAAUGAUCCACAUGUGAUGUAUCCACAUGUCUCUUCAGCAAGUUGAAUUAUGUCAAGACAUCAGCAAUGCCAUGAUUUUGUGAAAUAUCAGUAAUUGAGAUUUCCCUUAUCAUGCUAAAUGUCAAAGAUAGCAAAAUGUGCGAUUAAAGUUGAAUUGGUCAACGAUAGUCUUACUGAAUUAAAGGGUGAAAUUGCCGGCCCACCAGAUACGCCAUAUGAAGGAGGUAAUUUUGUGCUCGAAAUUAAAGUUCCCGAGACAUAUCCAUUCAAUCCUCCCAAAGUACGUUUCAUAACAAAAAUAUGGCAUCCUAAUAUAUCUUCUGUCACUGGUGCUAUUUGUUUGGAUAUUUUAAAAGAUCAAUGGGCUGCUGCAAUGACUCUGCGCACGGUAUUAUUGUCGCUACAAGCAUUGUUAUCUGCAGCAGAGCCUGAUGAUCCUCAGGAUGCAGUAGUCGCUAAACAAUAUAAGGAACAUCCCGAAAUGUUUCGUCAAACUGCCACACAUUGGACAUUUGUAUAUGCAGGUGGACCAGCAAAAAUGCCUGAUUUAGAUGACAAGAUAAGAAGAUUAACAGAUAUGGGAAUUGAAGAACAUAAUGCGAGAGUUGCUCUAUCUUCAUAUAAUUGGGACUUGGAACGUGCUACUGAGCACUGCCUCUUCAGUUAGUGAUAACUACAUAGCUAAUAUGUUACAUCCAAGCACCACUCAUUUUGUCAUUAAGAAAUUCUUGUAAUAACCAUGUUCGGAUAUUGAUAUUAUUAGUGAUUUGACAAUUGGUAUUUUGCACCUACAGUGACAAUAUCUGAUAAAAAAAUCACCAGGAAAGCAUUCAAUAUCCACCAAUAGUCAUUUAUUUAAUUUAUAAUAUAGGCAUGAGACAUAAUUAAUAAAAAAAUCAUAAUAUGAAUCAGUUAAAUAAAUUUCAAGUAUUUUUUAAUAAUACAUUGUUUUACAUUUUGCUAAAAUUCCACAUUAUUGCUUAAC